ACCGACAGUUGCAACUUGACGACGCCGUUGAAUGGACGCCGAUUGACGACUGUCAGUGCAAGAAGGACAGAUACAAAACAUGAAAAGGGUUCGUUUUGAUAAACUAGCCGUACGUUCUGGAGGGGGAUGGAAGACAAAUCUGAACCGUUGAUCAAGAAGCGAGGAGGGUACCACGAGAGCUGCGAGGCGUGCACGAUUGAGAAAUUUAAGGAAUCCAGUAAUGGGAUCCCCUUCAAGCUUUUCUCCUUUGUCUGGAUUAUCACUCUUGCUGCAGCUCUGCCAAUAUCGUCUCUCUUUCCUUUCCUUUAUUUCAUGAUCAAGGAUUUCCAUAUUGCAAAAAGGGAGGAAGACAUAAGUUUCUAUGCAGGAUAUGUGGGGUCUGCUUUCAUGCUUGGGAGAGCUUUGACUUCUCUUCUAUGGGGAAAGGUGGCUGAUAAAUAUGGCCGUAGACCGAUUAUCAUGAUCGGUACAUUUACAGUGGUUAUAUUCAAUACACUGUUUGGUCUUAGUGUGAACUUUUGGAUGGCUAUUUCGACACGGUUCCUUCUUGGAAGUCUGUGUGGGAUACUCGGUCCGAUGAGGGCAUAUGCUUCUGAAAUAUGCCGCGAAGAACACCAAGCUUUGGGGAUGUCAGUUGUUGGCACAUCGUGGGGCAUAGGCUUGGUGAUUGGUCCAGCUGUCGGAGGUUUUCUUGCACAGCCUGCAGAGAAGUAUCCACACAUCUUUUCAGCAGAAUCUCUAUUUGGGAGGUUUCCGUAUUUUUUACCUUGUCUUGUGAUAUCUCUCUUCGCUUUAGUGGCAUUCAUCAUCUCCUAUUGGCUCCCCGAAACUCUUCACAUCCAUACCGAAGAAAACAUAGGACGAGAUUCCACACAAGCUUCAUUAGAAGACAACUCAUACGAGCCGACUCGGACACAUAAAACGGAAGUUUCUGAGCUCAAAUUCUCUACCCCUCACAGGAGCCUCUUAAGAAAUUGGCCGCUUAUGUCAGCAAUUAUGGUUUAUUGCAUUUUUCAACUUCAUGACAUGGCAUAUAGUGAGAUAUUCUCACUGUGGGCCCUCAGUCCACGGAAGCUAGGCGGAUUAAGUUUUACCACAGCAGAUGUUGGUGAAGUUCUUUCCAUCACAGGAUUUGGUAUGUUAUUCUUUCAGCUCUUUUUAUAUACUUGGGUAGAGAGGAUAUUGGGAUCUGUCACGGUUUCUCGUAUUGGAGCUGUAAUUUCAAUUCCAUUGUUAACAAGCUACCCCUUUAUAGCCAAGUUAUCCGGUUCGAUACUCUUCUUAGUGCUUAAUUGUGCUUCCAUGGUGAAGAACAUACUCUCUAUAGCCAUUACAACGGGGCUGUUAGUGAUUCAAAACAGAGCUGUGCCUCAAGAACAAAGAGGAGCUGCAAACGGCAUAUCUAUGUCUGCUAUGUCUCUUUUCAAAGCAAUUGGUCCCGCAGCCGGAGGUUCCCUACUAUCUUGGGCUCAAAGCCGUCAGGAAAACGACUUCCUACCAGGUGUCACCUGGUUUUCUUCACAUUGAAUAUAGUCGAGCUUGUCGGCCUGGUUAUGACCUUCAGACCUUUUCUGGCACUCCCUUAAGACGAUCUUUUCUACUUGACCCGAAAGCACCAUUGAAGAUGAUUAAUAACCCGAAACCCCGGAAUUUUUGUGAUCUUAAGAAACUAGACUAAUUUAAUUUAGGUAUAUGUAUAUAUUACUAGUGUUAUGAAAUAAUUGCUGGUCUAAUUUCUUGUGAUUUUUUUUUUUUGACAAUGUAGGAACUAACUCUCAAUUAGUGUUUUUAUUUAUUAUUAUUAU